GCUUCUCUUCUUCUCCUCAAAAGAUCCUGCAACUUUCAAAAACCCUAGAUUCACCAGAAGGAGACUUGCUUCCCAAUUCUCUCCGGCGAUAUUCUCCGAGUAAAAUUCGCGUCACGGUAAGAUGAACGCACAAGAGUUGAGAGCACCACGUGGCAUUCUUCGGAGAAAAGCUUCGAUUGAUCUUAAUGAGGCGCCCGGAGAUCAAGAAGGGAACUCUGCUUCCGUAGACGCAGCUCCUACGGUGAUUAUUGGUGGUAACCUUCAAGCGAGGUUUUUACCUUCUCAGCCUGUUCCGGCAAUGAUCGAUGUCGAUGCUAUUGAAGAUGAUGUUGUUGAGUCAUCCGCUAGUGAUUUUGCUGAAGCUAUAAGAAAAUUAACAGGUUCACGCCGGAGGCGUUUGACGGUUGGUGUAGAGUCAGGUGGAACGACUAGAUUGUCUCCCAACAAACGCAGAAGGGUUCCUCCUAAUCAACCUGUUAUUGACUGUGAGAAUGUCCCCGACACCUCAAAGGCUCCAGCUCCGGCUCCUCCUCCGCCAGAGGAGCCUAAAUUCUCAUGUCCAAUUUGUAUGUGUCCGUUUACUGAGGAGAUGUCAACCAAAUGCGGCCACAUCUUCUGCAAGGGAUGUAUAAAGAUGGCGAUAUCUAAGCAAGGCAAGUGCCCUACUUGUAGGAAAAAGGUGACUGCGAGAGAGCUGAUUCGAGUAUUCCUUCCAACCACCAGAUGAUUUUGGUACAUCGACAUUGCCAAUCAUCACCUUGUUUAAUUGUUUGUCAGACUUUCAUCGCGUUGGAACAUGGAAGGGACUUUGUUUGAAUGUUUCACUUUGCUGGAAGACAAAGUUUGAUUAUUCAAGAAGGCCCUGUCAUUUAGUUGGAUAUGAUUGGUAAUGUCAAUUUAUAAGCAACUCUUUGUUUCCUAGUUGCUGCUGUCUUAUGUAAUAUAGGUCUCUGCAAACCUCUCAGGCAAUGCCUCUCUGUUAUAGAUGAAAAUUAUA